AUGUUUGUUCUAUUAUUUGUCAUUUGUCUUCAGAGAUAUAUCUGCGCGCAAUCUUGCAGAGAGGAUGACUUGGUGAUAAAAAGUACUGAAUGCGAUAUCUCAGGAAACAGGUGGCUUUUCAAAAUUCCUAAAAUCGAUGGAAAAUGUGACCUCAAUGAGAAAAGUAUACCGAAGAAAGUUAAUAACUGUUAUAAAACUUGCCCCACUGGAAUGCAUCUUGACCUUUUAUCACAAGACUGUGAAAUUUGCCCACCUGGAACAUAUUCAAAAGGUGAUACAUUUGAGGUGACAAAGUGGGACACUAUGCCGGAAGUUCUUUCUUUUGAUGUUACGUACGGUAAUAGCUAUAAUUCAAAAUGCAAUCUGACCGGAUGGUCACCUCAGGGUAAAUAUUUAUUAGGCAAGACUACGGCUAACUGCGCUGUUACUCUUUCAAUGAAAGUUUACAACCUUAAACCUGGAACAAUAACAUUCACAUAUCAAAUUGAAGAAUAUGGUGCAAUGGCUUUCUUUACCAUGAGAAAUGAAAGAUGUUCACAGUUACCGGGAGGCAGUUAUCUCUUACGACUUACGGGACCAUAUGCCUAUGAAACACUAACAUUCAGUGUACCUGUUGGACAUAACAUUCUACAAUGGUAUUUGUUUGUUGAGAAUGUUUACGUACAACAGUUAUAUGGGCUGAAAGAUCCUGAAAUACAUAUCAAAGAAAUUCGUUUGACAGGAACACCACCUGUGACAACAUGCAUCCCUUGUGCAGCUGGAAGUUUCGGAGCGCAUGCGAAAUCUGGUCAUUGCGAGUUAUGUCCAAGAGAUACAUAUUCUGAUGAACGUGCCGUUUCGUGUACACCUUGUCCAGAUCAUGAAUUUUCAGGUACUGGGUCUUCGGCAUGCAGUCCACGUCCCGUAUGUGUGAAAGACGAUUAUACAAGCUACUGGACCCCAUGUGACAAAAACCAGAUGACUCAACGUAGAUGGAAAUGGAUCGAACCAAAAAUAUGUGAUGAAAUCCGUGGUGUUAAACUUCCUGAACCAGAUAAUCCUACACAAUGCCACAAAUGCCCUGUUGGUACAUUCCCUUUAAAAGAUGACGUCUGUGAAUUAUGCUCAGCUGAUAAAACAGAGGAAAGUUCAAAUUCAGAAAGUUGUGUUAAAUGCCCAAGUGACCAAGUUCCAAUAUAUGGGUUUCGUUUUGAUAACUGGUGUCGAAUGCCAUCCGUAUUGAAGACCAACUGUCGCAAUUUCUUUGGUGUAAAAUGCGAUGUUUGGGAACGGGAUAUGACAUCCCUAAGAGGUGGAGUUGGCAUGCAUAUGGACGAAGUAGCAACUUUGGAAUUCCCUAUUCCCAAUGGUUUUAUUACAGCUUCUCCAGAUGCUAAUGUAGGAUCAACAUUAACCUUUUUGCAAUCACCUAUUCCAAAUACAUUUGUACGCAUUGAAUUCGAGACAGCAUGCCGUUCAAGAUGUCAGUUUUCGAUGAAACAGGCUUUUCUUGCUGGAAAUGAACAAAUUAUUUCCACUUGGAUUGGUACAACCGCAAGGAAGAAUUUCACUUUUCGCGUACGAGAAGCUAGUGGAACUAAAUUUAUCUGGACUUUUGAUAAAUCUGGAGUGCCAAGCAGUUACAACUCUGCUGUACAAGAUCAUGUCAAGAUUUAUCAGAUAGAAGCUACAAAUGUCAAGAACAGUAAUCCCAUUGGUUGUCAAAAGUGUUUAAAUGGAAUUGAAGAUGGAAGGUGUAAACGUUGUCCACCUGGUCUCUAUUAUGCACUCAAAUUUGAUGAAAUUAAAAAGUUAAAUGUUAUUAAUUGUACAAAGUGUCCAGAUAAUUCAGUUGUAGUCGCUGAUGCAUCUAACUUACAUACAGUAGAUGAAGCCUGUCGUCGUUGUGAAUCUGGUACUAUCGCAACAAAUGAUAGUAUAUGUAUGACUGAUACACGACCAACUACACCAUCUGGAUUUCAGUAUGACCUAAGUGAUGUGAUUGAUAAAGUUCAUACUGUAUCCAGCCCAAAAAUGUUCACUCCGUCUGGAACAGCCUAUAGUCACGAGUUUCGCAUUAACAUGGCAUAUGGUAAAACUGUUCAGUGUGUAGAGAAUUCUUCUAUUUUAGAUCAGUACACCGUGCAGGCACUGAUAUGUCGACAUACAAACCUUGAAUUAGAGAAUCAUAAACUUGGUAAAGCGUACUCCAAACCGACAAGAUUAGCGGAUCGUCUUGUCCGUAUGGUACCAAGUAACACGACGCCGGAGUUUUGGCAAGAAAUAAAUGCUAAUUUAACUAAAGCAGGAUGGGAUGAAGAUAAAACUGGUAACGAUCUGCAUUACAUAUUUACAUCUGAUGACCAUAGUUCAAAUUGUCCCCUGGGAAGAACGUCUGUGAUAACACUCCGAUGUGUAUUCACACAAGAAAUUGGUAAAUUUAUGAGUCAAAUUCAAGAUAUUCCAGACUACAUUUAUGGUAAAAUUGAAUUACCGCCAGCCUGUCCUGAUGGGACAUGUGAUGGAUGUAAUUACCACUUCUUGUGGCUUACUAUGUAUGCUUGUCGCAUGUGUAGAGAAAAUGAUUAUGAAAGAAUCUUAGGUGAAUGCGUAUAUGGUUACAGAAAAGUACAUCUUCGUGCUCCAUGGGAGUGUCGAAUUGAACCUGGCAGAAAUCUCACUGUUAUUGAAACGUGUCCAAUACUGAGUAAGGCUCAAAUUGCGGCUAUCUUUCUAACUACUUUUGUCCUGGUUAUCUUGGGACUGAUUAUUUUUGUAUGCUAUCGCCGAAAUAAGACGCUCGAAUACAAGUACAUGAAACUUGUGCAGAGUACAUCCGGAAAGAAUCAGGUGACUAGUUGUGCAUUAGAUGAUAAUGAAGUGGAUAUUAGUGGUGGAAAUAUUUAUUACACGGAUGAAAAUUACAACAAAAUGGGUGGUGUACACAUAAAAUCAUCACCAAGUUAUACAAAUUCAAGUGGCGUUGUUUUAGAACCGAAUGAAUUUCUUCAAGGUGAACAUUUUGCACAAGCCGGUUUUAAAGGGCUGCCAAAGGUUAAUCUUCCACCUAUUAUAUUCAAGACCAAAGGUGAUACUGACCGGGAUAUUCUUACCGAAAACGAUGAGGCUUAG